AUGGACGGUCACCUCCUGAAUCAACGACGGCUGCACUUCCGAUCACGCGUAUCCACAACCACCGUUCACGAACUUCUCUUCGUCGACGACUGCGUCCUGAACAUCACCUCGGAAGAGGACAUGCAACGCAGCAUGGACCUCUUCUCCGUCGACUGCGAGAAUUUCGGUCUGACCAUCAACACGCAGAAGACGGUGGUCAUGCAUUAACCGCCAGCCAACACCGCCACUCCCCACAAUGUGCGACAGAUCAGCGUGAACGGAACCCAACUUGACGUGGUGGACAACUUCCCGUAUCCGGGCAUACCCUCUCCUGCAGCACAAAAAUCGACAAUAAAGUUGCCCGCCGGAUCUCGAAGGUCAGUCAAGCCUUCGGCCGCCUUCAAAGCACAGUCUGGAAUAGACAGGGACUCCAGCUCAGCAUGAAACAUAAGAUAUAAGAGGCCGUCACCCUCCUAAGGUUGCUGUACUGAGUGGAGACUUAGACAGCGUACACAAAGCAGGCACGCCGACUGAACCCCUUCCACCUCAGUUGUCUUCGUCGCAUCCUGAGGCUGAGCUGGCAGGACCGGUUCCCUGACACUGACGCACUGAAACGGACGGGAAUCCUCAGCAUCAACACCAUGUUGAGACAACUGCAGCUGCGUUGGGGCGGUCAUCUGGUAGGGAUGGACGACGAGCAGCUACCCGCACGACUCUUCUACGGAGACGUCGCCGCGGGUUCCCGCUUCCAAGGAGGCCAAAUCCGCUGCUACAAGGAUACUCCGAAGUCCUCCCUGAAACGCUUGCAAAUUAAUCCGCCCAAAUGGAAAGACCUCGCUCCCUCGCGAACGACCUGGAUGAGGACGGUAAAAACAGGCGCUACGAUCAACGAAGCCAAGCACAUCGCCGCCGCCAAAGCGAAACACGAAGCGCGCAAAUCACAGCUGCGACCACCCCGUAAUGCCAACGUACAACCGCUUCUACGGUGA